AUGGGUUAUGCAUUUUAUACCUUCUGCCAUGUAAUGAAGGAAAGGGAGUCACUGGAAUACCCCACAGAAUUGACCUCUCUGCGUGAAGAUGAAGACUAUCCUGCGCUGGAGUCUACACCAUCAGGAGGAUCAGAAAACUACUGUAUCAAGCGAAGAGAAGCUUUUGACGGGGAUGAAACAGGGCGCCACUUGGCGUGCCCUGGCCUGGCACUUACCCGGUGUCACCAGCUUGGCCCGCUGCUAGUUGGGCUAGCGCUAGUGGAGGGGAGUAUAUAG